GGGGCGUGGCCUAGUUGGAAUGUUGGUGGAGCCAAGGUUCGGAAAUGGAAUGUUUGGACACGGUUCCACCUGAGUCUCGGCGAGAUGGAUACAGUCGGCGAGUGAGUCCGUCCCGGAACCACUCCCAGCCCCAGAAAGAUACAGUGCUUCCCAGCCAUAGCCCGCAACACCCGAGCCCUAGCGCCCGGAAAACCCCGACCAGCUCUUGCAGCCACAUCUCCUUCCCUUGAACCCGCUCCAGCCAAAACGGGCAGCCAGUUGCAGUACAUGCCCCCGGCUGCCCCAUGCCAGACUGGGCUGCCCCUGCUCCGCGCCCGCCUUUGCUUCGGAACCGGGAGGAUGCCUCUUCUGGCAGCGCCGGCGUCUGGAAGCGCUUGAGAUCCGGGCUGUCAGGCUCCUCUCUGCUCUGUCAGCACCAUCCGCUCCGGGCGCCACUUCCUGCAGCCUUGUCCCCUUCAGUGUCUUGUUCCCGACGAGGGCGAAUGGUCCCGGACACAUGCAGGCCAGGAAGAAAUACAUCUCGAUCGCAUUCUGCGCUUGCUGGCUCUUGCUUUUCUACUUCGGGGGAUCGCAGAUCCGGCAGUUGAAGUUCCUGGCACGGAGGCAGAGCGAGGAGACGGUGAUGGCGAGGAGGUGGCCGGCGUGGGACGACCAGGCGACGCUGAAAAGUUUCGCGGAGCAGCCGGGAGGAGGAGAGCUGGACGCUCGCCUGCGGGAGUCUCCAACAAUGAAGAGGGAGAACAGGGAGAUGGUGUACAAGGACAGCAGGUGUCGGAUGGAGACCUGUUUUGACCUGUCUCUGUGCGAGAAGCGAGGCUUCCGGGUUUACAUCUAUCCCCAGGCUAAAGGAGAUAAAGUUUCUGAAAGUUAUCAGAAAAUUCUCGCUUCCAUCCAGGGCUCCCGGUAUUACACUCCGGAUCCACAGCAGGCCUGCUUGUUUGUCAUGAGUAUAGACACCUUAGACAGGGAUCAGCUAUCCUUACAAUACAUUCACGACGUGGACAGCAAAAUCCAGAGUUUCCCCUUGUGGAAUAACGGGAGGAACCACCUGAUAUUUAACCUCUACUCGGGAACGUGGCCUGACUACACCGAGGAUCUGGGCUUUGACGUUGGCCAGGCCAUGGUGGCCAAAGCGAGUUUUUACAUGGAGAGUUACAGGCCACAUUUUGACGUCUCCAUCCCUUUGUUUUCCAGAGAACAUCCUCAGAAGGGCGGGGGGAAAGGCUGGCUGCUGUACAAUAACGUCCCACCUAGGAGAAAGUACCUGUUGGUCUUCAAAGGCAAGCGGUACUUGACGGGAAUUGGGUCAGAUACCAGAAACGCCUUACAUCACAUCCACAAUGGCAAGGAUAUUAUUUCACUUACCACUUGUAAGCACGGGAAAGACUGGGAGAAGCACAAAGACAGCCGCUGUGACAGAGACAACCUGGAGUAUGAUAAGUAUGAUUACCAGGAAUUGUUGCACAACUCCACCUUCUGCCUUGUUCCAAGGGGAAGAAGACUGGGCUCUUUCCGAUUUCUAGAAUCCCUUCAGGCUGCUUGUAUCCCAGUUCUGCUCAGUAAUGGCUGGGAAUUACCCUUCUCCGAGGUUAUUGACUGGAGCAAGGCUGUGGUGGUGGGUGACGAGAGGCUCCUACUCCAGGUUCCCUCAACAGUCAGGUCCAUUGAUAAUGACAAAAUCCUGGCAUUCCGACAACACACCCAAUUUUUGUGGGAUGCAUAUUUUUCUUCUGUAGAAAAGAUUGUAUCGACCACAUUGGAGAUCAUUAAAGAUAGAAUAUUCAGACAUGUUUCACGGAAUAAAUUCAUGUGGAACAAACUGCCUGGAGGAUUGUAUGUGCUCCCACAAUACUCAACACACACAGCAGAUUUUCCUUUCUACUACUUGGAUGAGGGUUUAACUCCUAAGAAAGAGUUCACUGGUUUGAUUUACGCAGUCUCACCCCUGGUCUCCCAGUCUCAGCCCAUUAUCAAGCUGAUCUUAGCAUUAGCAAAAUCCAAGUACUGUGCACAGAUAAUUAUAUUGUGGAAUUGUGACAAACCAUUACCCCCAAGAGGUAAAUGGCCCUCCAUCAGAAUGCCUCUUAUAUUCAUAAGAGGAGAACGUAAGGCCAUGAGCAGUCGCUUCUUUCCCUAUGAUGCCAUAACAACGGAUUCUGUGCUGAGUCUGGAUGAGGACACCGUACUCUCCACCAAUGAGAUUGACUUUGCGUUCAUCGUAUGGUGCAGCUUCCCCGACCGGAUUGUAGGUUACCCAGCUCGCAGUCAUUUCUGGGAUGGCAAUAAAGGAUUAUGGGGUUACACAUCAAAAUGGACCAAUGAAUAUUCCAUGGUUUUAACUGGAGCAGCAUUUUACCACAGAUACUACCAUCACCUGUUCACAUAUUACCUGCCAGUAAGUUUACACGCACUCUUGGACCAGACAGCUAACUGUGAAGACAUCCUGAUGAAUUUCCUAGUGUCAGCAGUCACUAAGCUUCCCUCAAUCAAAGUCACACAGAAGAAACAGUAUAAAGAGACGUUGAUGCAACAGGGGUCAAAGACUACUCUCUGGGCCAAUCCAGAUCAUUUCACACAGAGACAGAACUGCAUUAACACAUUUGCCAGCUGGUUUGGCUCCAUGCCCCUUGUACAAUCACAGCUACGCCUGGACCCCGUACUUUUCAAGGACCAAGUCUCCAUCCUUCGGAAGAAAUACCGUGAUAUUGAAAGACCUUGAAGAUGAAAGCUCUGAAGAGUCACUUUCUGUUGACCUGGCCAAGGCACAUCACAGGGUGCAAGGUCAUCUCAAAGGAGCACAAGACAAGUAAAAACAGAUCAAGGCUAAGUGGGCUGUCCAUAAAUCAUUUAGACAAUAUUCCCCAAAGCCUAAGGGAACAGGCCAGUGACUUGAUUUUUUAAACUUGCUGUUAUUUACUACAACACAAUCCAUGUGGAACUAAUAGAAACAUGAUCUAUCUUUUAAGUGAAGCAGUUUGGAAAAGGUUCAGAGAUGUAGCAGAACAGGUUAUACAGUAAAAACCAAAAGAACUGCGGAUGCUGUAAAUCAGGAACAAAAACAAAGUUGCUGGAAAAGCUCAGCAGGUCUGGCAGCAUCUGUGGAGGAGAAAACAGAGUUAAUGUUUUGGGUCCAGUGACCCGAAGUUCUGAGGAAGGGUUAUACAGUAAGUUCACAUCACAAGACUGUGCAUGAGCUAAUUCUCAUGAAGUGUGAACCAGUUCUUCGUAGUUGCUUAUAUUAUUACCUAGUUUUUAUGAAAGACUGUGUGAUGAUUAUUUGUAAGCCUGUACCAUAAAAGGACCAUAAUGUAAUCAAGCUAUGGACUGAGAGUUCAAGGUAAGUUAGGAAACUGGGCAAACAUAUAUAAUAUUCACGAUUUCAUUCUUUUCAUUGUCAACCUAAGAAGCCUGUAACAAAUAUCGCAUAUAAAUAUUGGGGUGUCAGCAGGUGAAUAUCAGGGCUUGACUAAUGCUCCCAUUUGCAGGAUUCUUGCUUCUGGAUCUAUCGUUCAAUAUAGAAUGGUGUAAAAAGAACCUUGAAGAGGUCCCCCUGCUAUGAUCUGUCUAGCACAUGUCAGUUUCCAUGAAGAUUCAGUGAUUUGGUUUUAGCAGCAAAUUGUUCAUGGUUUUAAAAGAAAUGCAGUUCAAAAUGAAAGAUGCAUGUUGCUGCCCACAGGAUUAUGUUGUAUUAAAUUACAUUUUGUCCAAUGGUGUCACAUUGCAUUGAAUAAUUUAGCAGAAAUCCUUUCAGUCUAUCUCAGCAACACUACAAGCACAGGAGGUGGUCAUUUAGCCCAUCAUCUCAACGGUCGGUCUUUGAAAGAGCUGCCCAGCAUCCUAUUUCUGCAUAGGUCUGCAACUAUUUCCUCACUCAUGUCGAUCUCAAACAUCCUUUUGAAAGUUAAUAUUGAAUCUGCUCCCACCACCUUUUGAAGCAGUGCAU